GAGUGCGCAGCGCAAAAGACAGUUAAGAGACUGUCAGGAUCAAGAGACGGUCGUUAUCGCGCACUCCCUGUGAAUACUUGCACAGACAUCUUGGACUGUGUACCUGCUCUGGAAUAUUCGCAUCCCUUGGCCAAGAAAUAAACAUGGAGCACAAUUUUAUUCCCCGCUCCUUGUGGACUAAUGACAGCAAAUUUCUCCAUCACCACGUCGCAGAUUUCUUCUCCAGUGUCCAAGUUACACAGGAUGUACCAGCUGGGACAUCUUUCGGACCCUGUGUUCUUCACAAUACAUUUUACGAUACCAUAGCCUUCAUUGCAUUGAAAUCAUGUGACAAAAGGAAUAAAUCGUAUAUAUUUAGGGUAGAUCCUGAUGCGAUGAAAAGCUCCCCAUUGGUGGUUCCUUGGCUACGGUUAGUGCAGGCUGCAAUGAGCGGUGAAGACCAGAAUACCGAGGCCUACCUAAAGAAUGGAGAACUGCACUUUCGGACUAUUCAAGAUGUGAAAGAGGGAGAUGAACUUCUUGUUUGGUACGACGAGGAGUUGUCUCAUCUUUUGGGAUUCGGAGACAUAAAGUUGAAGGCCUUGGCAGACGGCUUCACGUGCACGAGAUGCGCACAGGCUUUCAAGAACGAAAACCCAUUCCUUGCGCACUGUCGUUUCUUAUGCCCGCAAGAAAGACCGAAUAUAAUCCGACCUAACAACGAUCACAAACAAACUGAAGUCAAGCGGCAGCGCAAAGUUACAGAUUUUCACAACAUCGCGAGAGAUCUGGAGGACAAAAUAAACGACUCUUCUGAAGAUGUGGCCAUGACUCGAAAAAGAAAAUGCGAGGCUCCUUUAAGCCCUCCAAGUAAAAAAACGGUUUUACUGGAGAAAACCAACAUCAGUAAUCACAUUAACACCACUAACGCCAACAAAGAAUAUCCACCUUUCAAGGAUUUGUCGGAAUCUGCCAUCAAACUCACUUCAGACAACGUAUCCACAAAUAAGAUCACUAAAAACAGUGCAUUUAUUGAGGUUAACAAAACACCAACAAUGUCAAGCACAGAAGAGACAGCACGGGAUGUAAUGACAAAACAUCUAAAUGCAAGUCUACAGUCCGACUGCAGCGCGUUCUCAUUCGUUUUGCCCAAGAGAGCGCACGCGCAACAGAAGGGCGCAUUCUGUGAACCCGUCAAACGCUCGGUCACCGAAGUUCAAAAUCAUUCACCUCUUCAACUAUGCUCUCCACAGAAUUCGGAUAACUUAACAGACACUUAUAAAUCAAAACAUGCUCUAGGAUACAGAAAUGUAUUGGCCUCGCACCGGUUUCAUGGAGACUUGCCAGGCCACGCAGGUGGAGUGAUGCCCACUUCUUUAGCUACAAGAGGUUCUUUUUAUUACGCUCCCGAGCACUGGACUAGAGCUGUAGGUGGACAGCUGCAGUCCGCUUCUUCUUUAACACUUCUUCCAGCUACUUUUACUCCGCUGGGUGUUUCAGUUCAGAACUGGUGCGCAAAAUGCAACCUUUCAUUUCGGAUGACCUCCGACUUAGUGUUUCACAUGCGCUCACAUCAUAAAAAAGAGUUCGCCGCAGAGACACAGGUGAGGCGGAGGAGAGAGGAGAAACUUACCUGCCCCAUCUGCAAUGAGUACUUUAGAGAGCGUCAUCAUCUCUCACGUCACAUGACCUCUCAUAACUGAGAAACUACCGCACUUUAUUUGAGACCGAUGUUUCGAGAUGCCAUGCCAUAUACGAGUGUUUGCCCAGCAGACUUUUGUUGUUUCACAGACAUGAAUCAGGUCACUUUUAAAAUAGUUAUAUACAGAAAAAAUGGUUGCUGCCUUAUAUUUUUAAGUUGAUUAAACUGUUUAUUUCAGCCUAUAAAAAGUACUUAAAAUGAGUUAAUGCAAAAAUACUUGUUGUCACGAGUUAUUGAUCAUAUCAUUUGUUUACAGUGUAGAAAUGAUUAGAAAUAGGAUUUGCAUAAGAUUUGUCCAGUAUGUGUGACAUAAAACGUAUCCACUCUGAUGGUCGAUUGUUGUUCGAGUACAAUACUUUUCAGAUUAAGUUACUUAAAAAUGAAUUUGAUAUGACUGAAAACUGUUGAUUGAAAAAAAUAGGUUUUCCACAUUUUUCCGUUUGGUAAGAACUUUAGUAGGCCUGAUUGUCUUUCCUUCAAUUUAUUGCUUUUUUGAUCUAUGUAGUGCAAAUGUGGGUUAACUUAUCUCGCCACUGGGUGGCUAUAGAGAUUCAUCAUUUUCAUCUUAUAUAGUUUUGACGAUACUGUUCAAUUGCCCUGGGAAUUUUCUACGUAACAGUGCCUUACAUAUGUCAGGAUAAGUACAUGUAAAUGUUGCUGAUGAAGGUUGAUAUUAUAAAAGUAUUUUUCAAGGUUUGCUAACAGCUGACUGCAAAAUAAUAGUUGUUACAUUGCUUUGUAUAGAGAUUUAUAUUUGAAAAAGCCAACAAUUCCCCCCACAAUGUCAAAUCUUUAUGUUACAGUGUUGUUUUGUUCCCAGAUAUCUUCUACUGCUUUUACUACUGCUGUUGCAUUUCUAUCAGCACAAUGACAUGAAGGAUGUAUUUAUUAAAAUAUUGUACAAAUGACUUUUCAUUAAAUAUUUUGACCAUAAUCCUCA